CUUCACAUCCAACACCACUGUCUUAGUUAUUGUACUCUUUUCUUCUCUCUCUCUCUCUUCUGGGUGGUCCUUCCUCUCUUUAUAACUCUCUUAUCACUUUCUUCCAUUUUCCAUCUCUUAUAUCUCAACUCUCUAGUUAACCUUUUCUCUUCUCUCUCCCACCUUCUUGCUGUCCCUAUACUAAGCCUCUUCUUCUUCUUAGAGCUUCCCAUUUCAUAGGCUAGGCUCAUAUAUAUUUAUAAUUCAUGAUACAAUAAACCAUUUAAACAUACUAAAAAGUUUGUGUAAAAACCACUACCACCACCACCAUCAUGUCUAGCAGAAGGUCGAGGCAAUCUGGUUCCAGGAUCAGUGAUGAUCAGAUCAUUGAGCUUAUUUCAAAAUUACGCCAACUUCUUCCUGAGAUUCGUGAUAGGCGUCCUGAAAAGGCUUCGGCCUCCAAGGUUCUGCAGGAAACCUGCAACUACAUUCGAAGUUUGCACAGAGAAGUUGAUGACUUAAGUGAGCGACUAUCUCAGCUUUUGUCCACCAUUGAUGCUGAUAGCGCUGAGGCCGCAAUAAUUAGGAGUUUAAUUAUGUAAUACUUAAUUAGCUCCCUUAAUUAUUAUUAAUUAUAUAUAAUUAAUAUCGUUUUUCUAGUCUCUUUGUACCUGAAUUAAGCUUCUUACUAAGGCCUAAGUUUUUGUCACUAGAUCAAACAAGGACAGCUUCUCUAGAUUAUAAUGUAAUGUCCUUGGCUUAUAGGUGUUGUAAUUAAGUUGUAUAAUAAAAAGGAGCUUGCACUAGCAAAGCCAUUAUUAUAUAAUAUAUGAAGUUAAGAUUAUUAAUAUUAA